AUGACAUCAUGGACAAUCGCUCCUGUACCAACGGAUGCGAUUCCGGAGACAGAAUAUGGUAAUGAAGAUUUCAUUGAAAUCCAUCUAGACGAACGAUAUGAUAUAGGAGAAAAUAUGCAACUUUGUAAAAUAUGGAAAAAAAACGAUAUUGAUGUGAUCAUAUUGGAAAAAAAUUAUAGGAUAUUUCAUGAUGCCGAUCAAUGUAUAGAUUUCAUUACAUCGUAUGAAUGGCGAAAAGUUUUCUUGACAUUGACUGAUCAUUUCAGUUAUCUAAUCGAAUUAAUUCAUCAUUUACCACAGAUUGUUUAUUUUUAUAUUUAUUCUCGAUCACCAGAGAGAAUAUCCUACACAACAAUACGAUAUCCGAAACUUCGAGCUAUUGUUCAAGAAGAUUCACCAAAUGCCGAUGAGCAAUUACUAAAAGAUAUUGAUAUAUUUCGACAAGAUUUAAUGCCAAUGAAUGUAGUCAAGCCGAUUAAACGAAAAACCAAACUUUUAAUCCAAGAACCAAUUAAUCUCGACACAUAUCGGAUUAUCUGGCUAGUAGACAAAGAAAAUCUUACAACAAUUGAUACAUCACCUAUAUCCAAUAUAAAUAUUCCGCUAAAAAUAUUUUACAGUCUCGAUCAAUCUAUUGAUGUGAUUAAAUCCUCUACUGAUACAAAAUUUUUUUUCAUUUCGUCCCAUUCAAAUAAUCAAAUGGUUGUAGAAAAGGUCGCCGAGUACUCCCAAGUAAUUGCUAUUUAUAUAGUCCAAACUGAAGCAGAUUUAACUAGAAGAUCACAGUUUUCCUAUCCAAAACUCCAUGGAAUACAUUCGGAUAUUCCCUGUUUGGCUGAAGAAUUAUCAAAAGAAUACAAACAUCAUUUAAAUUAUUCCGAAAUGCCGUUAAGCGUCUUUCAUCGAGAUAAAAAUGAGAAAACAGUUCGAGAUUUAAAUAAAAAUAAUGUGAAAUUUUUAUGGCUUCAAUUAUUAAUUGAUAUUCUUAUUCAAAUUCCACAUAAUGAUUACGCUAAAGAUGAAAUGUUGGAUGAAUGUCGAAAACAUUUUGGAAUUCCUGGCAAUAAUGAUAAUGAUGAAAAGAUCGAUGAAAACAUGAUCGAUGCAGAAAUAAAGAAAGAUCGUGCCAAAGCAGAAAAGGAUUUGAUUAAUUUCGAGAAAAAUUAUAAAUCUAGUGAAGCUUUAAAAUUUUAUACAAAUGAUUCUUUUCUAUAUCGUUUAUUUAAUCGAGCUUUUCGAACCGAGAAUAUUGAUUUAUUAUUUAUCUUUCGAUUUUUCUUAGCCGAUAUGUACAAACAUUUACAAAAAUUACAUUCUGAACAAUUUCCUGAUAAGCUUCCACGUACGGUGUUUCGUGGACAAGUGAUGACCAGUUUAGAAUUUAAUAGUAUCAAGAAUAAUAUUGGGCAUUUAAUGUCAGUGAAUACGUUCUUUUCUACAACUACAACUCGUGAUGUCGCAGAAAUGUAUUCUGGCUUAGGUGAAGAUACUAAGAUGUUAUCCGUGCUAUUUGAAAUUGAAGUGGAUACUACUCGUUCAAUGAUCAAGAGACCAUUUGCUUCAAUCAAUGAAUUGAGUCAAUUUUCUGAUGAAGAUGAAGUAGUAUUUUCGGUCGGAUCUAUGUUUCGUAUCAAAUAUAUUGAAAAUCGACGACCCGUCAACGGAUAUUGGUAUGUUCAACUAGAAUUAGUCGAAGAUGACAGUGAAAUGAAUGAACUUCGAAAUGAUUUAGAGCAACAAUAUUGCGAUAAAGGGAAUUUACGUAGUCUAGGUUUAGUUCUCAGAGCUAUGGGCGAUUACGAAAGAGCAGAACGUUAUUUUCGCAUGUUACUUGAAUAUAUUCCCGAAGAUCAUCAUAAUAUGGGUCAUAUUUACUCAGAUUUGGCAAUGAUUGCCCUUGAUAAAGGAGAUUAUCAAACUGCAAUUCAAUAUGAUGAGAAAGCUUUAAAAUACUUUACAGCACCAGAUAUUUAUGACCAACGAGAAUAUAUCGGCCAUGUAUAUACUCAGCUCGGUGCAGCUCAUCAACAACUGGGUAAUCUUGAUUUAGCGAUGAAAUAUCUCACCAUGGCCACAGAUAUUCAAAAGUCACCUGAAUCACUUUCAUAUACCUACAAUCAAAUGGCUCUCGUAUAUCGAAACAAGGGAGAGAAACAAUUAGCUCUAGAAUAUUUUCAAAAAACAUUACACAUUGAAGAACAAAUCUUAAAAACAAAUCAGUAUAAUCCUGUAAUGGCAACUAUGUAUAAUAAUAUCGGUGAAAUAUAUGUACAAUUAGGUGAUGAUGAAAAUGCUUUGAAAUAUUUACAUCAUGCAUUAGAUAUUCGUCUGAAAGGUACUGUGUCUACACAUACAGAUCUUGCUGCAAUUUAUAUUAAUUUGGGAAAUGUCUAUCUGCGGAAAAAAGAACUGAAGAAAGCAUUGGAAGUAUUAGAAAAAGCACUGGAGAUUGAUACUCAAAAGUUUGGGAACAAUCAUGAAUCAUUAGCCAUAACACAUAAUAAUAUAAGUGCAGUCUACAAAGAAAUGAAUGAUCUACCGAGAGCUGUGGAUCAUUUAGAAACGGCUUUAAAAAUACUUUUACAAUCACAAGCGGGCGAAAAUCAUGUUGAUAUAUCUAAAUUACAACUUAACCUUGGAAUGAUGCAAUUUGCUUUAGGCAAUAGCAAUAAAGCAUUACGAAUCACACAAAAAGCAUUACAAAAUCAGUUAAAAAAACUUCCAGAAAAUCAUGAAACGUUUGCUAAUACAUAUUUAUUAUUGGCAAAAAUAUAUAAAAACGAAAAGGAUAUGAUCAAUGCUUUGAAAUUUAUGGAAAAAGCGAUUGAAGUUGCUCGCGUUGCCAUUCUACCGAAGGAUAAGCUAGCAUUCGAAAGUUUUCAGCUCCAAAUUGAUUUGUUAAAAAAUAGUCAAUAUGGCGAGGGCUUAGGAUUUCGACAAGCAGAUGGAACAAUCUCUUGUGCGCCGGAUAAUUCUGAUCAACAAGAUGAUCUUAUAGCAAAUUGUUAUCAACAACUUCAACAGGUUGCAUCAGAUGAUAUUAUAAACCGUCUUCAAUUACUCAAUAAUAUUGGAGCACUGUACUCGAGCAAAGAAAAUUUUCCCAUGGCUAUAAAAUAUUUUAAUGAGGCGAUUGACAUUUUCAAUAGAUAUCAAACCUCAGAUCAAUAUUUUCCAGAACAACUCGAAAAUAUAAUAAUAGCGAGUUAUUUUGGUAUUAGUCGAGUAUAUUAUCGACAAGAAGAUUGGGCAAUGUCGCUGAAGAAUUUGCAAAAAGCACUUGAUUUUGCUUUAAAACAACACCAAGAUUAUUUAUUCAUCGCUGAGAUUUAUCAUGCAAUGGGCUUAUCUUACACACAUCAACUAGACUUCUAUCGAGCAAUUCAUUACCUUGAGUUAGCGAUUUCUACUGCGAACAAGGAAUUACCUAAUGAUCAUCCCCGAAUUCAAAUCUAUGUUCAUCAUUUACGUCAAUUGAAAAACUGA